AUGAUCCAGUCAACGGUGUCUCAUCAAAUGCAACCUUGUGUUCAACCUUCUUUUUCACAACUUUCAGACAGAACAAUGCCAUUUCAUAUUUCCAACACAAAUCGACUGUCUAGGCGUGGAUUAGGUGGAAAGUGCAAUGGGCUAGAAAAGGUUUGUUUUACCAAUAAAGUGAAUACAAUUUUAAAGUUGCCAAAGCCUCAAAUGGAAAAAAAGCGACGAGAGCGAAUAAAUGCAUCGUUGGAAAUGCUGAGACAUCUGGUGGCAGAACCUAUUCUCAAGCAGGGAGCUGAAAAACUCGAAAAAGCCGAUAUUCUAGAACUUACAGUGCAGUAUUUACAAUCAUCAGCCUCUCGCCAUGAUAUCCAUAGUCCUUAUCCAGUCGAGUUAAAGAGGAAUAUCAAUUUAUUAUUUUUUGCUUCAGAUAAACCCUGGAUCCAGUGGAUAAAUAGCGCCUGGACCUAUUUCCUGGCGGGUUAUACAUCAUGUGAAGAAAAGUUGCGCCACUUUGUGGAGUCUACAGUUUCCAUUAAUUAUUCAGGAGUUGAAAUGGCAUCUCUAGUAACGACAAUUGAAUCGCAGAAACUUCAAGCUGUUCACAACUUCGUAAAUGCACUUGCUCAACAAUUCGGCUCGUCAUCCAAACCCCCAACUUCAAGCACAGAAACGAAUGCUACUCUUAUGUCUAAGGGUCGCGCACGUGAAAGAAGUGCUGUUUGGAGACCCUGGUGA